AUGACUGUCGUUGUUGCCCCACAACGUAGACAUUGGCUUGGAGAGGUCUUUUCCAAGUGCUCGGACAAGUCAUUCCCCCUUAUUCAUUUGCUGGAGAGGCAGUCAGAUGAAACCGAGACCUUCUACAGCCUGCUAAAGCACCAAGGUCGCUGGGCGACGUCGCAUGGUGGACCCACCAACAGGGACCCAGAAAACCGGUCUGCUACCGUCUGCGAACGAUUGGCUCAUGAUGAAAAGCGCUGUCCAACCAACUGUCUGGAGCUUAAGUGGUGUCUAGUCGAGGUCUGUGAGAACUGCCGAAGAAGAGUGAAACUCCAGGCAGCCGGUUCCACUUGA